AUGGGAUCAGUUAAUGAGAUUCCCACUCAUUUACCUCCUGGUGUAACACCUGAAUCAAUACAAUCACAUUUAUCACCCAGAUCAAGAUCAUUGAGUAAUUUUCCCCAAGAUGUGAAAAGAGCUAAACCCAAUAGAAUCACCAGUGAACACUCAUUGACACAAUUAGAAAGUCCAAAAAAAGAAGUUCAUGAAGUAAUAGAAGAUAUUCUCAAUAACAGACCGCUCAAAAAUGGGUACCAAUAUUAUUAUCUGAAAGUUGAAAGUAUUUGUAAAUUCAAACAUUCAGAACAAUCAUUAUUAAGUGAAUAUUUGAAGGAUAGAAUUGAAAGUAGUUUCUAUACCACUACCAAGCCCAAUAUUGAAACUAUAAGUAAUAGUGAUCUAAUGGCAGCAGAAUUUAUCACAAGAUUCCUUCAGAUCUAUCAAGAUUGGGAAAAUAAACUCUUGUUAUUAAGAAAGAUUUUCCUUUACAUCGAUAGAAACUAUCUUUUGCAACAUCCUACCAAGAAAGUAAUCUUAGAAUUGGGACUUGGAUUAUUUAUUGAUAAUAUACUCACAGAUUCAACAGAAUUAUCUACCAUCAUUAUCAAUAAGUAUUUGCAUAUCCUACAACAAUUUAUUCAACAAGAUAGUGAAUCUGAAUUAAUCCCCAUAACCAAAAUUUUGAUUAAGUUAAAUUUUGAUAAUUCUAUUAAAUUAAAUGAAAAACUAAUCAGUCUGAUUUGUAAAGAUUAUGAAGCUUUCAAAAAUGAAUGGUUCAAAAAUCCUGAUAGUUAUAUACAUUUAUGUUUAUUGAAAGUUCUGAAAAUAAUUACAUUUUUCAAAAAUUGUGGUCAAUCUAAUGAAUUUUUACAGAAAUUGUUGAUCAAGUUACGUUGGAUAAUGAUAUUCCAAGAUUUCAAUGAUAUAAUUCAAAAUUGUUUACCUUAUAUAUUGAAACAACCUCAACAGAUAAAGACCAUUUAUGGAUUUUGUAAUAAUACUAUGAGAGAUUAUAGUCUUGAUUCUUCAAAAAUUUUAGUAUUCCAAUGGGGGAAAUUGAUUUUGGAUGAAGUUGUCAAGACUAUUAAUGGAUUUGAUGACAACAAAUCAAAUAAUCUUAUCAUAACUCUCAAUAGCUCAAGUAUUUAUUACAAUUCAAUCAUUGAACAAUUUUUCGAAAAUGAUAAUAAGUUCUCCCUUGAAGCUAGGAAUUCUUUUGGCAAAGCUUUAAAUUCCAAUAAGAAGAUAAAUAAUCAAAUAAUCAGUCAAUUAUGUAAAUUCAUUGAUUCUAAUAUUAAAAACUUCAAUAAGAAGUCUUCCUUGAACUUUAAUGAAUUUUUAGAAGUUUUCUUAACUAUUUUCAAAUACUUGAAUAAUAAGAAUGAUUUUGUCGUCAUCUUCAAGAGGGAAUUAUCAAGAAGAUUACUUCUUAAUAAGAAUACAAACAUCGAUUCUGAAAAAUUACUAGUUGAGAAGAUUAUGGAAAUUAUUGGUGAAACUGAUGAUUCAGUUGGUCUUAAUAUAAUGUUUAAAGACUUGGAAUUAUCCAAAUUGAAAUAUCAUAAACUUGAUUUCAUUAAGGAGUUUGAAUUCUCCACUUUGGUCUUGGAUAAGAAACAUUGGCCGGAAAUUCCUAAACAACAAAAUGAUAUAAAUUUGAAUUAUUUCAAACCAUUCUUGGAUAAGUUUGAUGAAUAUUAUAAGAAUCUGGAUGAAAAAUUAAAGAACCAUAAAUUGAAUUGGGAUAAUUAUUCUCUUCAUCAAUUGACUAUCAUAGGGAGAUUUAAAUCGGGAGAAUAUGAAUUAUUGGUUAAUUUAUACCAAGCUAUCAUAAUAAACUUAUUCGAUGAACAAGAUCAAUGGGAAUUCAAUAAUUUAGUUCAGGAAACCAAAUUUGAUAUAAAAUUUUUGAAAAGAGUUAUCAAUUCUUUAUCAGAUAAAUACAAGAUCUUAAUUGAACAAGAUCAAAUCAUCACCUUUAAUGAAAAUUUCACCGAUAAGUCCAAAAAAUUGAAAAUCCCCAUGUUAAGAGAUAAGGAUUCAAAUGUAAUAGAAGAUAAAGUUAUACAAAGAAACAGAAAUAAUGAAAUUCGUAGUCAUUUAAUCAAAAUCAUGAAAAUUGAAACCAAACUUCCAAUGAUGGAAUUGAUCAAUAAAUUGUUAGUUAACAAUAAACGAGGACCAAUUUCAAUUCAAGAUAUCAAACAAAAUAUUGAAUAUUUAAUAACUAAUGAAUUUUUAACGAGAGAUAAUGAUGGAACAACUUUAAUAUAUAUUCCUUAA